AUGACCAGUGCGACCAGCAUUGUCGAGGCGGCGGUCAGUGCUCGGAUUAUGGGCGCCGGCGAUGACUCACGAACAUAUCAUGACGUGAUCUCAACGAUUAGAGGUAACUGUAAGCAGAUUCUGGGUGCCAAGUUUUGGAACAUCAGCUUUAUCUGUCCGGUGGAUGCCAGUUGGAAAAAUGAGAAACCAGACUCGAAGAUUUUCAUCUUGUCCAAAUUUCGUCUGUUCGUUCUGUCGUACAAAAGCGCCGGUCGAACGCAGAUCGAACACUGUCACAACAUCCUGGCCCUGACCGAGAUUUUCUUGCCCGACAAACACGAGAUUCUUCUCGACUUCAGCGGCAGAAAGUUGCACAUGCGUACCUGUGAUCAUGAAAUUUCGGCAGCAGAUAUUUUGAUGAAGAUUUUGCAGGCAUACAAGCACUACUUUCCGAAAUGCGAUCUAAGGUAAUA